AAAAAUAUCCAUAUAGUCAUUGGGAAUGAAUCAUGUGAUAUGGACUCCAGUGUAUCUUCUGUAACACUUGCAUACUUACUACAGAAUUGCAGACUGCCAGAAUUCACAGCUGAUACUUUGGUGAUACCUGUUCAGAAUACUACUUAUGCAAACUUUCUAAUUCGUCCAGAUAAUUGUUUAAUAUAUGAAGAAGCUGGGAUUCCUCUUGAUCUAUUAGUAUUUAGAGAUCAAUUGAAUUUUGAAGAACUACAAAAAACAAAGAAGCUCACAACAUCACUUGUAGAUCAUCAUAUGCUCUCAGCCAAUGACAAAGUAUUAAAGGACACUGUUGUACAAAUAAUUGAUCACAGACCCAAAGAUUCCAGUAUGAGCUGGAAUGAAAAUCAUGUUGAAAUCAAUAUUCAGCAAGUUGGGUCAUGCUCAACUUUGAUAGCUGAAAAAAUGCUAUCUUUGAGAGAAGAAAACCACUUAUUUUGUAGAGAAAUUGCUUAUUUAAUUUAUGAAACCAUAAUAUAUGACACAAUUGCCCUACUUCCUGAACAUGGUAGAACGAAAGAAUUAGAUAUAAAAAUUGCAGAGAAAUUAGAACAUGAAUACAACUUUGAAGAAGGUAGAAAAGUAAUAUAUGACAAGUUAUGGAAAGCACACAAUGAUGUUUCCAAUUUAACACCUCAGCAGAUGCUAAGGAAAGAUCUGAAAAUCAUUGAAACUAUUCCAGUACCUGGUCUUCCAAUGCUAGUGGAAACCUUUUUGAAAAUACACCAUUCAUAUGAUGCAAUCAGACUCUUGGCGGAAGAACAUAAUGUUUCUCUGCUGGUUCUGAUUGGAUUAGAUGCAUCAAAUGAUGUGAGGAGAGAUGUUGCUGUAUACUACAAAAAAGAUGGUGAACAAAUGAAGGAUUUAUUGAUCAAUAAAUUAUAUGAUAAGGAGUCAUUGAGAGGUUAUAACUUCUCAUUCAGUGAAGUAGAUACAGACUAUAAUGACAUUGUAUGUUUAAGGCAAGGAAAUACAAAACUGUCCAGGAAACAAAUAGUUCCUUUGAUUAAAGAUACUGUCCUUGGAUUAUGAAUAUAUUAUCAAAUAUUG